UGUUAUUUAUUUCUUUCUUGUUUUCCGUUUUUCUGAUUUUUGUAAACAUUUUCAUAUUUCAUAAACAUUUUCUUAAUCAUACAAAACAUUUUUGAUAAAUUAUGCUCUUAUAAUUUAUCAGCAUUUUUUAGAUACCACAAACAUGUUUUUGAAAUGCGCAGACAUCUUUUAAAAUUUACAAACAAUUUUCUGAAUGCUAUCAAGUUGCGUGUAUAUUUGUGUACACUGCACGAACAUUUUCGUAACGAGCGAUUAACUUUUUUUAAUUUAAAUAAAAUAUGUUUCUAUUUCAGAAAUAUAAGUAUGAAAGUAAUAAAAGAAAACAAGUGGGCCAGGGAAGCGGUUCUCUUUUUUUUUUGAGCGGUUCGUGGGGUUCUCUUAACCCAGCAACCUCAUCUAAUUAGGCCACUUCCCUUUGCGGCCCAUUUCCAUCCUCACGUGUACAUAGCACUGAACUGAACUCAAAUACAAGUCGUCAGUCUCAGCCGCCGCCACGCCUCAAUCCAGCACCACUCGGCAACCAAACCUCAAACCAGGACCAGAUCCAAUCAGAGCAGAUCACAUGAGCAAGAGGCGAAAGAGGAGCAACCUCGCCGGCCGGCAUCCCCUGCUCCAACGCGGCCGUGAAGACGAAUGGCGAGAUUGGCCCAACCUGCCGACGGCGCUCGUUGACGACAUCGCCGACCGGCUGCUCAGCCACGACGUGGCCGAGUACAUCCGCCUCCGCGCCGCGUGCAAGGAGUGGAGGAGAUGCACCGCCGACCCGCGCGAGGGACGCAACCACCUGGACCCGCGCUUCCGCCCGCGCCGCUGGAUCAUGCUGUCCAACCGCACCGACGGCGACGGCCGCCGCUUCCUCAACCUCUCCACCGGCGCCAGCGCCCGCGUCGACCUCCCGGAGCUCUCCCGGCACCACCUCGAGGCCAGCGCCGAGGGCCUCCUGCUCCUGCGCGACAAGGCGAGCCACGCCGCGCGCCUCCUCAACCCGCUCACCAGGGCCCUCACCGACCUCCCGCCCGUCACCGUGGACCUUGGCGGCGCGUACGCGGUCUGGAGGACGGGGCCGUUCCAGUCCGCGGCGCGCAUCAUCUACGCCGGCGUCUCUGACGAGACCUCCCCAUCGUCAGUCGUGCUCCUCAUGGCUGACCUUCACCUUGGGCGUGCCAUAGCCUUGGGCGGUGGUGGAUGACG